CCCGUUCAGUUGGACCAUGGUUGGACCAUGGAGGUAGAAUCCAAGUUGCCAAGAAGGCUCCAGAAAAUGACGUAAAUACGCAGCAGCUGGGCAACUGACACUGGCAGCAGGUUCCAAUUUUGUUAUUAAGAGGCCCCAUUUGUACCACCAUACAUGCCCUGCCUUCAUUUAUCAUGAUAACAGUGGAGGACUUUGAGCGGUAUGCUACUGACCAUCUACCACGCAGUGUCUAUAACCAUGUCAGUGCUGGCUCCAAUGAUCAACAAACUCUGAAUGACAACCGCAGUGCUUUUAAGAGGUACCGCAUCCGUCCGCGGGUGCUGAGAGAUGUCUCCCGCAGGGACUUAUCUGCAACCAUUCUAGGCCAUGAGUUCCCGUUGCCCAUCGGCAUAGCUCCUACUGGUUUGCAGCGACUGGCCUACAGCGAUGGGGAUCUGGCAAUGGCAAGAGCUGCAUCGUCUCAUGGCGUCAUCAUGAUCCUCAGUUCCUACGCAACUUCCAGCAUUGAAGAUGUUGCCUCUGCAGCCUCGCCCGCCGGACAUCUCUGGUUCCAGCUCUACAUCUUCAGCGAUCGGCGACACACAGAGCAGCUUGUGCGCAGGGCCGAGAGGGCAGGAUAUAACGCCAUCGUUGUCACAGUGGACACUCCCUAUGCAGGCAAGAAAUACAACGAUGAGCGGUGUGGCUUUAACCCUAAAGUUAGGUUACCCAAUGUUGAGGGAGGAUAUUUCAACUCCAGUGUAAGUUCAGGUACCCCGGAUAAGUACGACUCAUCUGAGAUCUCCCCCUCAGUGACAUGGGCUGAUAUACAAUGGCUACGGUCCCUGACAGAAUUACCAGUCAUUGUCAAGGGAAUUAUCUCAGGGGAGAAUGCUCUUGAAGCUGUGGCAAAUAACGUUGAUGGCAUUAUUGUUUCCAAUCACGGAGGAAGACAAUUGGAUGGCGUCCCAGCACCUAUUGAUGUUCUACCAGAGGUGCUGGCUGCAACUAAAGGUACUAAAGUGGAGGUGUACAUGGAUGGGGGUAUCCGUCAGGGUACUGACGUCAUGAAAGCUCUUGCCCUGGGUGCGAGGGCAGUAUUCAUCGGCCGACCAGCCUGGUGGGGCUUGACCUACAAGGGUGAGGAAGGAGUUCAGCAAGUCCUGCAGAUUCUCCGGGAUGAGUUGGACCUAGCCUUGGCCUUGUCAGGCUGUGCUUCAGUCCGUGACCUUAAUCCAUCCAUGGUGGUGCUUGGACCAGAUGUUGCUGAGGCCAGGCUGUGACAGCUGGUGGUGU